CUUUUGUCGUCUGUCGAUUGUCAACAAAUUUCAGAUUUCAGAAAAUCACUAAUUUUAACCUAUUUAGUCAUUAAAUAUUUUAUAUUUAUCUAUAAUCUGGAUAAUAAUAGCCACUUUCCGGCUAACGACUGAUUAUUAUUAUAUCAAUAAUUUCCUCCAUAGUUAACAAUGUCGGAAGCAAAUGUUGGAUCAGCCCCUGCGUCUGCCGUGCCCUCGGCUACCAGUGUAGCAGAGGAACAACGAUCAGGAAGCACAGCUGCAGGAUCAGUUGCAACGGAGGAGAAAGUGUACGGCGGGUGCGAGGGUCCAGACGCGAUGUACGUGAAGCUGGUCUCGUCGGACGGGCACGAGUUCAUCGUGAAGCGAGAGCACGCGCUGACGUCGGGCACCAUAAAGGCGAUGCUGAGCGGCCCCGGACAGUUCGCUGAGAACGAAGCGAACGAAGUCAACUUCAGGGAGAUACCGUCACACGUGCUACAAAAAGUAUGCAUGUACUUCACAUACAAGGUCCGCUACACCAAUUCGUCUACGGAAAUCCCAGAGUUUCCGAUUGCACCGGAAAUUGCUUUGGAACUCUUGAUGGCUGCUAACUUCUUGGACUGUUAAUGUUGGAAACGUCUCGGAGAAAUGUGUUCUUUAUAAUGCAAUAUGGUUUAUGAGAAUUUUAAUGUCGUGUCAGCCUAUUUUUCGAUGAUCAAACAACUGUUUGAUUUUAUAGUUUUAAAGUAUCAAAAAAGUUUAUAGUUUGAGUGGCUUGGUGAUCGAUAAAUAGACUGCAAGUACUGGAAAUAACUUUGUAUGGAAUCUUUUUUGUCUAUACAUCCUCUUAAGAGAUGUUGUUUUAAUAAAUGUUCAGUUUGAUUCGUAAAAGUGCAAUAGUCGCUUUUAUCUGACUUGCAUUUUGAAGGGCGUAAUAAAUUUAAAUUAAAUAGCAAUAAAUUGGUACUUUUUCUCUGUAACUAAAAAAAAUCAAGCACCAUCUUAAUGUGUAAGCAUUUUUUUUACUUUAUAAUAUGCUAUGUCACUUAGUAUGGUGUGAAGAUUAAAGUUUAAAUGAAAAGUUCAAAAAGUAUUAAUACUUUAUUACUAUUCGAUUUCAAAUGAGGUACCUACUUAUGUAAUCAUUUUAGUGCAUUCACGUUUGCAUUUCUGUAUGUCCUUGUCAGAUCUAGUAAUGCCACCCUUUUAGCCUUAAAUGUUUUUUAGUGUGUAUAAGCUGCUAAGUUUUUAUAUUGCGAACUCUUAAUUAUUUUCUAAAUUUUUUUUUAAGAUUACCGUGUUUGUUAUUUAAAUACAAGACGAUCUUUGGAUGAUUUGUUUCAAAGAUAAUGAAUUUAACAGAUAACGUAGUUUCUACUAAUUUUAGACACUUAUUCUAGCUUCAAAUUUAUAUAAUAUAGAUAGAUAAGAAAGCACCAAUUAUGCGCGUGCGCAGACACCUAGAUAAUAGAUGAUAGACCUGCUAAAAUUACAGUUGCUUCAAAAUCGAAUUCGAAAUUAAUAAUAUAUGAGGGUACAUAUGUAAUUCACAUAUUUUUCAAAAAGAAAUCGCCUCUUUUGUUAAAGGAGGUUGGUGUUUAAACACCAUAUAUAAAUAUGAACUUAAUGUAAAGGUAGAAAUGAGACCUACUGUAUAAAGCAGUGUACGAACAUAAUUUAUUAAGUAUUUUGUGAAGCUGAAUACUUGUUCUCUAAUGUUUUGUGUUUUGCUAAUAAAUUUCUUAUAAAAA